AUGGAAACUUAAUCAGCGCCAUCUCUAGUCUUAACAAGUGAUAUUCCAGGUAGAGGAGGAGCUUCACUUACUCAUAUAUCUACUAAUGAGAAUGAGAUAUAGAUUUUGCUUGCAUGUGGUGCCUCAAGAGAGCAAGCUUUCGAUGAUUUUUGGGUCAUUAACAUUGAUCGAAAGACGUAUACUGCCUAAAAUUGUUCAAGGCUAAAGAUGAAGGAGAGUGAUGGAUUUUUACCUAGAAAUUCAAUGGCUGGUGUCUAUGACUAGGAGCGUGAUAGAGUAGUUUUCUUUGGAGGUCAGGAUCCUGACAAUGAGCACAAUGAUCUUUAUGUGCUGGAUUUGAAGACUCCUGAACUUAAGCACAUUGAUUAUUUAGAUGGACAUAUCGCACCUCCUCCAAGAAAUUCUCAUACCUUGACUUUGUCUAGUGAUGGAAAAAGUGCAUAUCUCUUUGGAGGUGCAAACUCAGGUGGCCCCUUAAAAGAUCUCUACAAGUUAGACCUUGAAUCCCUAAGAUUCAAAUAGCUUAAGAUUAUUGACUCAGAGUGUCCCUUACCACAAGCUGAAAUGCAUACAUGCUAAUUAUUGAAUGAUAAUCAACUUUUAGUGCUUGGUGGAAGAGGCAUAUUUGCUGGUUAAACUUUGGAAUAGACAGCAUGUCAAAACUCAAUACUAUCCAUAGAUUUAUCUGAGGGCGAGAAUCAAGGCAAAGUAUCUAAUUUUGGAGCACUGCCAGCAGAUCUCUGCUGUCAUGUAUCUGCUCUUGUAGAUAAUGAGUUUCUUAUACUUUAUGGUGGUACUAACGGCCUUAGAUUCUUCGAUUCUGUAUUAAGAUAUAGCAUAAAAGACAAGAAAUGGACACUAAUGACUAAGAUUCCACCAUCCUGCAAGUCUUCUAGAUUCUUCUAAGAUGGUAGAAUAUCAAGCGCAUCUGUUUAGGUAGCAGGAGAAUGUAUUGUUAUCUUUGGAGGUAGCAGCAUUGAAAAUGAUUGUAAUGACUUCUUGAUACUGCCCAUUGCGCACUUAAGAGAGGAUGCUAACUUUAGUGAGAUUAAUGAAAUUAUGUGA